UUUAAAAAAAAACCUAAUGAAUUUGUUUUGCACGUUUUAAAAAAGAAAAGCAGUAUUUUCCAGGAAUUUUACAUUCAUUCUCUUUCCACAUCUUUGAGUGUGAUCUUUGUGGUUUUGAAAUCCCUUAAUUUGAGUGAGUUCCACAGUUGUCUAAGAAAAGUUGUUUUAAAGCGUUGCUCUGCAAGCACCAGAAGAGAACUCAUAAAAAGGAAGACAACAGCAGAUGCAAUCGCGGAUGUGGCUUAGUCCCUGCAGCUGCCCCAGAGAGCUGUUCGGAGCACACAGUCCUCAGUAAUGAAUCCAGAAGAGCGAAUCGUGACAUGGCUUAUAUCCUUGGGAGUUUUAGAUUCCCCAAAAAAGACCAUCUGUGAUCCGGAGGAGUUUUUGAAGUCCUCGUUGAAAAAUGGGGUAGUGCUGUGCAAGCUGAUCAACAGACUGAGGCCUGGCUCUGUAGAAAAGUACUGCCUGGAGCCCCAAACAGAAGCUGACUGCAUCAACAACAUCAAUGACUUCCUGAAAGGAUGUGCAACCCUUCAAGUGGAGGUAUUUGAUCCUGAUGACCUUUAUUCAGGAGUCAAUUUCUCCAAGGUUCUGAGCACUCUUUUAGCUGUCAACAAAGCAACAGAAGAUCAGCUAUCAGAAAGACCAUGUGGACGUUCCUCUUCUCUUAGUGCUGCUAAUAGUUCUCAGACAAACCCACAGGGAGCCGUUUCUAGCGCAGCUCCAGGGCUGCAAAGGCAGUCAAAGGCAGUGGAGAUGACGGAAAACGGAAGUCACCAGUUGAUAGUAAAGGCAAGAUUCAACUUUAAGCAGACUAAUGAAGAUGAACUGUCAGUCUGUAAAGGGGACAUCAUUUAUGUCACUAGAGUCGAAGAAGGAGGCUGGUGGGAAGGCACAUUAAAUGGGAGAACAGGCUGGUUCCCUAGUAAUUAUGUCCGAGAAAUUAAAUCCAGUGAGAGACCUCUCUCCCCCAAGGCUGUCAAAGGAUUUGAAACUACUCCACUUACCAAGAAUUAUUAUUCCGUGGUGUUACAGAACAUCCUGGACACUGAAAAAGAUUAUGCUAAAGAACUUCAGUCUCUUCUUGUUACUUACUUAAGACCCCUGCAGUCUAACAACAAUCUGAGUACUGUGGAGUUUACAUCUUUAUUGGGAAACUUCGAGGAAAUAUGCACAUUUCAACAGACACUCUGCCAAGCCUUGGAAGAAUGUUCAAAGUUUCCAGAAAAUCAACACAAAGUAGGAGGUUGUCUACUGAACCUCAUGCCUCAUUUUAAAUCCAUGUAUCUGGCUUACUGUGCAAAUCAUCCUUCAGCUGUAAAUGUACUCACCCAACACAGUGAUGAUCUGGAGCAAUUUAUGGAAAAUCAAGGUGCAUCCAGCCCAGGUAUCCUCAUUUUAACAACGAGCCUCAGCAAACCAUUCAUGCGGCUGGAGAAGUAUGUUACUCUCCUGCAAGAGUUGGAAAGGCAUAUGGAGGAUACGCAUCCAGAUCAUCAGGAUAUUCUGAAAGCAAUUGUAGCAUUCAAAACUCUCAUGGUGCAGUGCCAAGAUCUAAGAAAGAGAAAACAGCUGGAGUUGCAGAUACUUUCUGAACCUAUUCAGGCAUGGGAAGGGGAGGAUAUUAAAACCCUGGGAAAUGUGAUUUUUAUGUCACAAGUCAUGAUGCAGUAUGGAACAUGUGAGGAAAAAGAAGAGCGGUACUUCAUGCUAUUUUCCACCGUCUUGGUAAUGUUAUCUGCCAGUCCUCGGAUGAGUGGCUUUAUUUAUCAGGGAAAAAUACCAAUAACAGGAAUGGUGGUGACUAGAUUAGAUGAAAUUGAAGGGAAUGACCACACAUUUGAAAUCACAGGUAACAUGAUAGAGAGAAUUGUGGUCCACUGUAACAACAACCAGGACUUCCAAGAAUGGCUGGAGCACCUGUACAGACUGAUCAGAGGACCUGCCUCCUGCAGUUCCUUAUCCAAGACAUCGUCAUCAUCCUGUAGUGCUCAUUCUACGUUUUCCCAGUCUUUUAGCUCUACUGGACAGCCCCGAGGACCCUUGGAGCCUCCUCAAAUUAUAAAACCAUGGAGUUUAAGUUGUCUACGACCUGCACCUCCACUUAGACCGUCAGCAGCACUAGGUUAUAAAGAGAGGAUGUCUUAUAUCUUAAAGGAGUCCAGUAAAAGCCCCAAAACGAUGAAGAAGUUUCUUCAUAAAAGAAAGACUGAAAGAAAGCCAUCAGAGGAGGAAUAUGUGAUUCGGAAAAGUACAGCUGCUCUGGAAGAGGACGCUCAGAUCCUUAAAGUGAUUGAAGCCUACUGUACCAGUGCAAACUUUCAACAAGGCCAUGGCUCAAGUGCUCGCAAAGAUUCGGUUCCACAAGUCUUACUCCCUGAGGAAGAGAAACUCAUCAUCGAAGAAACCAGAAGCAACGGCCAGACCAUCAUCGAAGAAAAGAGCCUUGUCGACACUGUUUAUGCCUUGAAGGAUGAGGUCAAAGAACUGAAACAGGAGAAUAAAAGAAUGAAGCAAUGCCUGGAAGAAGAAUUGAAAUCAAGAAGGGACCUAGAAAAGCUGGUCCGGAGGCUGUUGAAGCAAACCGAUGAAUGUAUUCGGGCUGAAUCCAGUAGCAAGACCUCAAUUCUUCCAUAACCAUCAUCGUGCAGCUGGGCAGAGUGUGUCUUCAGCACAUCUUGAAAUGUCCAGCUGAAUGCUUUGGCUCAGUUUGCUCGCUUCUUUGGUUUUCAUUUUGUAUUUGAGUCAGCCUCCUUCCCCUCUGUUUGCUUGAGUGUUUGUUGUUGUCUGCUUAUUGGUUGGCUGGUUAUGUUGUUUUUCAACAGGGUAAGAACAAGAGGUGGUGGUAGAAGCCUUCCCAGCGUCUUUCCAUUCAAUACCAAGAGGAAAGCUAAUGUAGGCAAAUGACUUAAGUGGCCUUCAGAUGGCCUUCCAUUCAUUGUGCCUGUUUAACAACCAUCACCCUUUUAGGCCUGGCUACUAUCCCAAAGCAGCUGGCCUUGGCUUAUUAAAGGUGAACUUGACUUUUUCCCCAAUGCUUUCCUGUACCUGGAAGCCUCUCAGUACCUAAUUUACUGAAGGCAAAGCUUUUUGAGCUUUAACUAGAGUAUGGUGAAAGAUGAAAACAUUUGCCCAAUGAUCCAGCUGCCCGUCCCUGGUCCAUUAUAUGCCACUCCUCAAUGCAUACUUUAUUAUUAUUAUUAUUAUAUUAUUAUUAUUAUUGCCCUGUGUUGUCUGUAAGACUAAGAAGACAAUAGUGCCCUCAUUCCUUUUUUGUUGGUUUACAUUUUAACUCUGUGGGUCAGAAGCUCUGAUGAUCCAUGCCAACACCAGAUCCAUUAGCACGUUGCACUGGACAAUCCUCCUUUCAGCAGCAGAGUUGACCUUCUCUUCCCUAGUACGUGAUAAGUUUUCCCCCAAGUCUUCUGCCUCGUGUGUAAGUUUUAUAUUUCCCCAGUGCUUUUAGCCAACCAUACCAAGUGGUGUGUAAACUAGUAUAUGUGUGCUUUGCUUACUUUUAAAAAAUAUAGACUGUGAGCAAUUACUUUAUUUACAUUGCAUAUUCAAAUGAUGACUUCUCAUCUUUAAAACAGUCUGCCAUUGAGGGGAUCUUGUGCCCUAGUAGACAGCUUUAACUUGCUGUAUUGCUCUCCCAUAUAUGCUGUGAGAAGCCUGUAAUAUUCAUCAGUCUUUUGGAGUAGGACUGUAAUCAUUAUUUGCAGAAAAGUGCUGUUGGUUCAGUUUGUAUAUCUGGAAAGAAAGGGCCAUUCUAGAAGCUGUGCGCUGAUUACUAGUAAAACUGAUUAUUUGGAACUGGUUUAUACAAGUUGCUCAUCAAAUCAAACUGUUGCAUGUAUAAUAAUCUCACAAAUUAGAACUGUGAUCAACCAGCUUUAGAAGAUGGUCACACAUCCAAAUUCCACACAAUCAAAAGUCAGCCCGAGGCUCUCUCUCCCAAAGAGGUGAAAUUUGGCUGGGUGGGG